AUGCAAUUCGGCUCUUUCACGGAUAUUCCAGAAGAGCUGCCUCUUGCCGACUCACUGUCCCACGAUGACUUGAUCGGAAUGCUAGUGGGGACGGACCAGACGCCGGGGAAUCCCCCUGUCGCCGAUCACACGAACAUUGGUCUAGACGGCGACGCCGGGGUUAUCCUAGACCACGACCAUUCAGCCUCUCCUGCGGACGGGCCAUCUGCCUCACAAAAUCCCAAUGUAGGACGCGAGUCACGCCGCUUUGGAACCAAAGUGGCCGCUGUUAAUGUAUUGAAAUGCUGGUUCGAUGAACACCACCACAAUCCGUAUCCGUCCAAGGACGAGAAAGCUUCGCUGGCUGCUGAGACUGGCCUAACAGUCGGCCAGGUAACUACCUGGUUUGCUAAUUCUCGACGCCGACGGAAGGACAGAGGUACUCACCGGGCCCCAACCCCCGUGCCUUCCCGGGGACCCAUCGAUAUCAGCCGUCCCUAUGAUGGACCAUCAUCGUUCAUGAGCCCGUUGGAGCGAUGGAGAAACUCGCCUCCAGAGGCCGAGGCUGCUUCAUUCGAUGCAAUCAUGGGUGCUGUUUUUGAUAGCAGCCACACGUCCUACCAAGACGGCAGUUUAUCCCAGCAGUCAACACCCAGCGAUGCUCGAUCAAGUGCGUCGUCCAAUGCUUCUGGAUCCGGUAUCUCAAACAAAUCCGCAUCGUCUGCAUGCAGUCGAGGAUCCCAUAGUUCCAAUGGGUCUUUCACCCGGUUCUACUCAGCCGAAUCAGUAGCCCGCCGCCGACGACGCAGAAAACGCACGGCUGUGUUCCCACAAGGAGCGGAAAAAGAAGUACCAGAACGACGGCCUUACCAAUGCACGUUUUGCACGGACACAUUCCGUACAAAGUACGACUGGACACGCCACGAAAAGACACUGCAUCUGUCACUGGAAAGCUAUACUUGCUCCCCGAAUAGUGCACUUUAUACAGGGACUGACGGUACGUCCCGGUGUGUGUUUUGUGAUCACCCUAAUCCCUCGGAGAGCCACGUCGAGAGCCACAGUUAUAGUAGGUGUCGAGAGAAGCCGGAAGUCCUGCGGACAUUCUACCGCAAAGACCACCUCGUUCAGCAUUUGCGCCUUGUGCAUGGAAUUAAUCAAUUCUUACCUUCGAUGAAUAGUUGGAAGUCACAGGUUGACCGAAUCAACUCACGGUGCGGGCUGUGCGGCGAGAAAUUUGUCUCAUGGAAAGAACGGAAUGAACACAUUGCACAGCACUUUCGGGACGGUGCGCGAAUGAAGGACUGGAGGGGGUCCAGGGGCCUCGACCCGUCUGUAGCUUUGGCUACGGAAAAUUCCAUGCCCCCGUACCUGAUCGGAGAGGAAUCGAUGACGUUGGAUCCAUGGAGCGCGUCUCGUCAAUCCGAGGUUCACCUCAACACUGCAGACAAUAUGUUCAUCGACCCGCGGCUUCCGGCUUCAUCAAACCCGUCAUCAUUUGAAUACUUCACCCUGCAGCUCGCCAACUUUGUUCGAAACGCCCAGAACUCCAAUGAGACGGUUACCGACAGCAUGAUCCAUACAGCGGGCCGCCAUAUCCUGUUUGGCGAUGACGACCCUUGGAAUCAAACGCCAGCUGAUAAUGCAGAGUGGCUCGGCAUGUUUAAGAGGGGAAUGGGCAUUGAGACGGUAGCUGACCCGGCGGAUCCGCAGUCUCCGUCUCAGCUGGGCAGGUGUGAAAGCCUUGACUUGUUUCGGUUGUUCUCCGCUGGUCUAUGCUCCCCGUGGAAUAUUCCAAACCCGGAUACGAGCAUCACAGACGCCACUGUCGCGGAGGACGCAAACGUGGUGUGGUCAUGGCAGCAGCCAGAGGCCCUCGCUGACUUUAGGGAAUACUAUACACAGGUCCUGUCAACGGGCAUUCCGGAUGCGCCGGAGGAUUACUUUUCGUCGGUCCUGUGCGAAUUCAGACAGUAUUACAACGAAAUAGCCCUGCCAGGAAAUAUUGGAAGCCAAGCUGAUGGUAAUCUUGGAUUCCCGAAUCAGACUACCCAUCCGCAUUCCUGA